AUGCCUCCUCCAUUUGAUAUGAUUUCUAAGAUGCAUCCUCCUAGAGAGGCUUGGAGGCUGAAAGUUAGGGUUCUAAGGCUUUGGGUUGUACCCUCUUUUGGGAAGCAUGAUAUUCCUAACUCAAUGGAGAUGAUUCUCCUUGAUGAGCAUUGUGGAAAAAUUCAAGCUACAGUUAAAAAAUCACUCCUUAAUAGGUUUAGGGAUCAUAUAGUUAAAGGUCAAGUUUAUAGAAUGACAUACUUUGCUGUUGUGUCAAAUCAUGGUAGUUAUAGAACAACUUCUCAUGAAUUCAAAUUGGUUUUUCUUCACCGAACCACUGUUGUAGCUGUUGAUGAAGAUGUUAUCCCUAAGACUUAUUUCAACAUGUUGUGUUUAUUUGGAAUAGAUAUCAUUGACCUUUUAACUUCAGUGGGAGAAGAGAAAGAAUAUGCAAAAGAGGGGAACAUUGUGAAAAUAAUUGUGCUUGAAUUAAGUUCAAAAGAUCUUACAGUGCGAUGUGCAUUGUUUGGGGACUAUGUUAAUCAAGUAAAUAAUUUCCUUGCCUCUGGCUAUGUGGAGCAACCUGUUGUAGUGAUUCAUCUGUGGCUUAAUGGGGAAAGCAACUUACAAAGUGUUGAAAUUGUUGAUGAAUUCAUCUGUGCUGAGCUACCUAAUCCCCUUAAAUUUCCAGCUCUUUAUAAUAUCGUCACCAAGUACAUGAUCCAUGGUCCCUGUGGUUGA